AUGGAUGAGGAAAAGCCUGAGAUCUACACCAGGAUUUUGAGGAGUACGAAGCGACGAAAAACAGAAAUUGACAAUGACAAUAGUGGUGAAGCUAGUCAAACUAAAGAUAAAAUAUCAAGUGGCAUGAGCAUUGUUGGGGACGACACAUCCUUCCAGAAGUUUCCACAGCUAUCCAUAAACGUAACACCACUGGCAGAAUUGCAAGACAGACUAGGCACACCGUCAUCUUCAUCGUCGAUUCGCCCUAAAUUAAUUAGGACUAAAAAAUCACUAGGAAUUGGUACCACUUCGGCGACAGCAGCUGCUGAUAUAGCAAAUUUAGGAAUAUUUGAUGAGUUGAAAGAGAACAGCUGUGAGGAGGUAAGAAUGGAAGAUUUGUACAAUAUCUAUUUAAAUAAACUCUGGCAAUCGCAGAUACCAGUCAACAAAAAGUUGGAGACGAUCUGGGAAGAUGAUGUCGAGGUAAAAAGACCAAAAAGAGCUGCUUAUAGGUUCAUCUCGUUCAAAAGUGUUGUCUCUAGGAAGAAAAAUAUGACGAGGAGGGCGAAGGCUAUCAAAAAUGGUUGGAAGGUUGUCACUCAGAAGCGAUUGCUAGAGCUAGAAGAGGAAUUGAAAAAGUUUAUGGAGACUGAUGUUUCUUGA